AUGGUCAUUGCUUCAAGAUCACUCAUUUGGUCACCGCAUGGACAAAAUCAGUUUCUAUGUGGAGGAACAGAGCUCAAACUUUAUGAAUGGAUACCCGAAACAUAUGAAUCACAAGGAAGAGUUCGUUAUAUUUCAACCAUACCAGAAAUCACACUCAUGAUGUGUGCUGACUGGUCUCCUGAUCCCAACUGCCCAGACCUUGUCGCUGUAGGCCUAACCACGGGUCGAACCCUCCUUGUACGUAUGCAAGAACAUGCUCUGACGGAGUAUCCUAGCUCGGAAAGUGUGAUCAAUCAACGUAUACUUCCUAGCAAAUAUCCUUCCUUAGGUGUCAAGAUGUCAAGAACCAGUAACGUUGUUUCUUUUUCAAAGACACAUCCACAUCUGUUAGCUGUGGGUCUUGAUAAGGUCAGAAAUGAACCAUGUCUAUUUGUCUGGGACAUAUCUCGAUCCAUGGAGAGUUAUACACCAACAGGAUCUCAGACACCGAUAAUAACAACAUUCAGAGAUGCUCCAAGAUCGACGCGAUCUAUAGAUAUUCAUGAAGAUAGGUCAAGAUAUAACGACUUGUCAGUCAGUGGACCUACGUCUAGGGAAGCAGGACCUAUUCGACAAUAUGGUUCAUCUGAAGUGAUUUCUUCAUGCGCUUGGUCUGAACAUGCUAGUGCUCCUAUCUUGAUCGCUGGUAUGGCUAAUAAAUAUCUUCGUGUGUACGAUAUUCGAUCAGACACCAAUUCUCUCCAGUUCUCAACAAAGGCUGUCUACGGAACGACCAUUGAUCCUUUCAACCCUUAUCGUAUCGCUUCUUAUACAGAAGAAGGUGUCAUCAAGAUUUGGGAUACACGUAAGCAUACUGAUGCCGUAUUGACACUCAAUCCAGAAACGAAGAACAACAUAUCCAAGAUUGUCUUUUCACCUGCUCAACGAGGCCUUUUAGCGUCCUUGAGCAAAGAUGCACAACAGAUGCAUCUCUGGGAUAUUCAGGAAACGUGUUCAUUGCAGUCUGCUGUAAAUAACACGUCUGUCAAACAAAAGCGAGGUGAUGAAGAUUUGGGAAUACCUGUCCUUUGGAAGAGUAGGAAGACGAGGUCCAGUACAAGGCCAUUUGCAUCGUUCACAUUCAUUCCCAAGAUGGGUAAAGGAACACCUCCGCAGUUACUCGGCGUUCAUACAGAUGGUAAUUUUGAGGCUGUGAAGGUAGAAGAAACCAGUCAGAUGGCUUGGCAACCGACAGGUGGUGUUAUAGUAGCAGGAAGAAAGGGAUUGCUAGCCUGUCAGCCUACAUCUACCUUGGAUGAAAAAAUGACUCAGCUUAGUUUAGACAAGGAGGACAGAACGCAUCAACCCAUCGACAUGAGUCAAUCAAUUCAACAAAGUACAAAUUAUCUAUUGGCAGAAGAGCUGGAAAGAGACAUAUCUGUCAUUAUGAGAAAGCGGCUACUGGAGGGAUAUUCCAUGGAUUGUGAAAAAAAUCUAAAAAUUAUAAAGCAUGAUCGGUCGUUACGAGAACUUUGGACGUGGAUGAAGAUUGCAGAUCAAAUUGCCCCAAAGCUAUCAAAAGUUGGUAAUAUUGACUAUAGCUUUCAUGGUGUUUAUGGUAUCUGGAUGGGAUCUCACAGCCGUCAAAAGUCAUCAUCACCUGCCGCCACUCCUCGUCUGUCAUCUCCCAGAUUAUCCAGAGAGCCUUCUACGCAAAGUGUCAAGGAUUUGUUUGGUAGUGGUGGCGAUAUGCCAAUGGUAGAGACAGCCAGGGUUUUACAACGAAAUAUUGCACUUAUUGCUUGUGGAUUAGCACUUAAUAAUGAUGAAUUUGAGGUUGAGCUGAGAUCUCUUGAACUAAAGGGAGAGUAUGACAAGGCUGCUGCAUUGGCACUGUUUCAUGAUAAAUUGGAUAGGGCUAUCGAAGCAUUAAAUAGUUCAAGAGGCAAAGAGGAUCAGCAACGAAAAUUGAUGUCUGCUAUUCUGGCUAGUUAUCAAUCAGGAACUACAACAGACACCUGGAAGAGUAUAUGUGAAUCUCUUUGUGUUGAUAUGGUCGAUCGUCCCUAUUUAAAAGCUAUCUUUGCUUAUAUCGCCUCUGAUGACUGGUUUCGAGUAUUGGAUGAGCCUGGACUGCCUUUAAGAGAAAGAAUGGCUAUUGCGUUGAGGAUAUUGGACGAUGAUCAGAUGACGGAUUAUUUGAAUAGAACCGUAGAUAAAGCUAUUGAGAAUGGAGACGUAGAAGGAAUUGUUGUUACUGGACUGACAUUGAAAGGAAUUGAUAUAUUAGAGAAAGCACUUGAUAAAUAUGGUGAUGUUCAAACAGCUAGUCUUGUCAUGAGUUUUAUUGUACCCAAACGGUUCAAAGACCAUAGAGUAGAAGACUGGGUAGAAAAUUACCGUUCUCUCAUGGAUCGAUGGCAAUUAUGGCAUGAAAGAGCAAAAUUUGAUAUACAAAGAGGAAAGCGCAUGAAUUCAAGUGAAAUUGCACCACCUCAAGUUUAUGUUCGCUGUAAUCACUGUGCACAAUCUUUGGGGCACAGUCUCGUGAUACAAAACGCAAGAAAUAGAGAAGGAAAGAGAAUGAAUGUGCAAACAAGUAAUCCUGGCGGAAGAGCCAGUAGUAAGCAAAAGAGUACGGUAUGUCCAAGCUGUAGGAAACCAUUGCCUCGAUGUGCUCUUUGUCUUUUACAUAUGGGUACGCCUGUGGACCAGCUAAGACAAACUAUUAUGACCAAUGAUACACAUAACAUUGACCCUGCAGGAUUCGAUCUCUGGUUUACUUGGUGUCAAACAUGUAGACAUGGUGGACAUGCUAUUCACAUGUUUGAGUGGUUCCAAAAGCAUUCGACUUGUCCUGUAAGCAAUUGCUCAUGUCAGUGCCAAGUAUAG